CGACAUGUGCCGGAGCUUCGUUACGCACCGCUCCACCUCCGUUCACAAGAAAGGUUGCACCUCUCUCGCGUUGGGCUUGUGCGGUGCGAACCCCCCGAGGCUCGUCGGCUCCUGCUCGCCUUUCCUUCCCUUGCUCGGUUGGACUUUGCUUGAUUAGAAGCCUUUACAGCGAACGAGUAAAAAACAAAAAAGAAGCCCUAUUCCAAUUCAUCAAUUCCUGUUAUUACCGUAAUUCCCCUCACAAUUCUGCUUCGGAUCGCUCUGCCCCGCCCCUGCUGCUGCCGGAUGUCUUCUCUUUGUAGGGUUCGUAUUUGGUUAGGAAAGGGGAAGGUGUAAGAGGAAGAGGAGAUGAGUUUUCAGGAUCUCGAGUCGGGCCGGCCGCUGUCGGGGAAACGGGGGCGAGAUUCGAUGCAGAAUGGAGGUGGAGGAGGGAAGGAUCCGACCCAGGCGGUAGUCGCUGGUGUUUUCCAGAUCAACACAGCCGUCUCCACCUUCCAGCGCCUCGUCAACACCCUCGGCACCCCCAAGGAUACCCCCGAGCUCCGCGAGAGGCUGCACAAAACCAGGCUAGAUAUUCGACAAUUAGUAAAAGAUACAGCUGCCGAACUUAAACAAGCCAGUGAAACAGAUCAUCAUGCUGAAGUUAGUACAAGCAAAAAGAUUGCUGAUGCAAAGCUCGCAAAAGAUUUCCAAGCAAUUCUGAAAGAGUUUCAGAAAGCUCAAAGAAUUGCAGCUGAGAGGGAAACUGCUUACAUCCCUUUUGUUCCCCAAGCAGUUCUUCCAUCAAGCUAUGCGUCGAGUGGGGUAGAUGGUAGUUCUGAUAAAACAUUUGAGGCAUGCUCAAUGCUAGCAGAAUCUAGGAGACAAGAAGGACUUCUGUUGGAUACUGAAAUUGUUCUCAACGAGGCCAUAAUCGAGGAGAGAGAGCAAGGCAUACAGGAGAUUCAACAGCAGAUCAGUGAGGUGAACGAAAUUUUCAAGGAUCUUGCAGUGCUAGUUCAUGAUCAAGGAGCUAUGAUUGAUGACAUAGAUUCCCACAUUGAUAACUCACUUGCAGCAGCCGUACAGGCAAAGACUCAGCUCACCAAGGCAUCUAAAGCACAGAAGUCCAAUUCUUCUCUGACAUGCUUGCUGUUGGUGAUCUUUGGCAUCGUUCUACUCAUCGUGAUCAUCAUUCUUGCAGCUUAAUUCAGGAAUCAGAAGUCACCGCGAUCUGAUAAAUGAAACCAUCAUCUGAGCCAAUUUUUGUGUGAAAAGCCUAUUGUCGUAUCCCGGUUAGAUGAAGCCAUGUUGCAUUUUUGCGAUGCUGUAUGGUAAAUACAUGAUAUAGCCAUUAAGCCAAUGUUAAGUUAUUCGGGUGCUUUUUUAUAUGAUGCCCUUCUUUA